UAUACCCGGCGCGUGCGGUGAACAAACACACGUGCGCGGGCCGGGCACGUGUGGACGGGGGCCAUAUUCAGAAGAUCCGAACUCCGCCCUACGAGAGACAAAACAGGCCCGAUAAAAUUGUUUCCGCGAAACCCCACGACAGAGCGCCACGUCUUUCAUUUGUCACGCCUCGGACGUUCCAAGCAGACGACCCGCAUCUUCCUGUUCUGCCUCUGAUUGGGCUUCGUCAUGGUGGGACGCGAUCGCGCUGGUUCUUUGUCGGAUCCUGCACCCGAACCCAACCAAGAUGCUCCCGAGAGCAGGAGACCGGAGGAAUCAUCCCCGAAGAAGGGUGGUAUCUCGAUGACUGUUGUAAUCGGCAUUGUCUGUUGCGUGGGCCUCGUCGUCUUCCUGGUCUUCGCGUAUCUGCGUGCCUUCCAAAAACCGGGCUCAGCUGCGCCGAUGUCCAACCCGCUUCAAAAGGGCAUCGGGAGGGCUGCAAAAGGAAUAGGGGUUGAAAAUUCAAAAACGAUUAGUAUAAAAGCUGCCACGACUACCACCACAACUACGCCAACCAAACAGAUGAAGACCAGUGCACUAGCGACGAAAACGACGCAGGGUUUGAAAGGCUUCAGGCCCUUACGUAAAGAUACGACAGCGAAACCAUUCACGAAGGGUACAUGGAAGCCGCUCCAAAGAAGCAAUGCCACAGAAGCCAAAGAAGAAGACAAGAAAAGGGUCAGCGAUCUCGUCGACUUGGUCCAUAUUGCACACGGUUGCAAAAAACCCGAUGUGCUGUGUGCUGAUGGGAAGACCUGCAUCCGCGCUAACCUUCUGUGCGACGGCCACCCAGACUGUCCGAAUAAAAGCGAUGAACAGAACUGCGUCAAACUUCAAUGCCGCCCGGGACUUUUCAAAUGCCACGUUGACAGCCAUGAGAGAUGCAUCCGAAGUACUCGGGUUUGUGACGGCUUCGCCGACUGCGAUGAUCGCAGCGACGAAUCACAUUGCAGUCUUAGCACCUCAAGCAAGAAGCCUGACUUCUUCGAAGACGUGCCACUGGACCUGGGUGGACGCGGGAACCCUCCAAGAGACCUGCCGCACGAACCGAAUGCUGGUACUAAACGCGUCGGACCACCUGAAAGACCAUCUCAUAUCUCGAGACCACCACCGCCGGUCACAAGCACUGUCGUGCCCGGACGCGUAUUCUCAAGUUUCCAACCACCCGUUGGGAAGACCAGCCGGAAGACCCCAUCACCCGACGAGGAAUGCAUGGACACAGAAUUUGGCUGCAAGACUACACGAACGUGCAUUCCAUCCCAAUGGAGGUGUGACGGGACGGCAGACUGUGAAGACGGCUCCGAUGAAGUCAACUGCACAAAGCGGAUUUGUUUGGAGCCCUACGUGAGCUGCGGCGACCAGAACGGCUGCGUGCUGAAGAAAAAGCUCUGCGACGGGAAAUACGAUUGUGCCGACAAAUCUGACGAAGGCAACUGUGCUCGGUGCAUGGCUCCCCUGAUCAAGUGCACUACCGUGAACCGAUGCAUCGAGAAGUCCGCGGUGUGCAACGGUGUAGCGGAGUGUGAGGAUCAUUCGGACGAAGAGAACUGCAAGUCGAGAAAAUCUCUCCUGAGUGGAGACAAGGAAGGAGAGAGCGAAGACUGUCGGAGCCGUGAGUUUGCUUGCAAGUCAUCUCACGAAUGUAUUCCCAUGCGUUGGCUCUGCGACGGCAGCGAGGACUGUGAAGAUGGGUCGGACGAAGAAAUGUGCCCCAGGUCCAGUCAUCGUCUCGCCAGUCUACGACGCAAGAAUGGCCGACCACAGAAAAGGCGUUUCUUCGUCGUAGACGAGAACGGCAAUAGCAUUCCUUUACAAAGGAAGAAACAACCAGCCCUUUUCCACAAUGCUCCGAUGCACAUGCCCCGCAACGCUGGAAAAGGUCCGGGGAACAACGCCGAGCAGUCGUCUGAUGAAGAUGAAGACGAUGAUGAAAAAUUCCACGAAGAAUCGGAUGAAGAAACUGGAAAGAACGCAAAGAAAUAUCGUGAUCCUGCUGGCAACAUGGACGACGAUGACGAUCCGGAAUACCACCUGGACGACAAGGCAAAGGCGGAAGGUGCACCUAAAUUCAAAGCAGUAACGUACCGUCCUGUGCCAUGCAAGAAGGACCAGUUCCGAUGCGUGGACAACAGCGAGUGCAUUUCCCUCUCCUGGAAGUGCGAUGGCAACGAGGACUGCUCCGAUGGAUCCGAUGAAAGGAAAUGCAGAAAGGUAUGCGAACCGGCCGAAUUUUACACAACCUGCGGCGACGGUGUCACGUGCAUUCCUAAAAAUGCCGUCUGCGAUGGAGUAGUCGACUGUAAAGACGGCCACGACGAAGCCAACUGCUCUAAAGCAGUUACAUCACCUUCGUUGAAUGCACUGAAAGGGCAUACUGCGUUCGAAGAAGAACGGUUGAAGUUUCCAGACUGUCCGACAGACUAUUUCAAGUGCAAGAGUGGAGGAAAUUGCAUCAUGAAUAUUUUAGUCUGCGAUGACGAAGAGGACUGCAAGGACGGUUCUGACGAGCAGAACUGCGCGAAACAAUGUCCGAAAACCCACUUCCAGUGCGAAACGGACAAGACCUGCAUCAAACGGAUAUUCCGUUGCGAUGGAGACGUCGAUUGUGAAGAUGCCUCGGAUGAAAAAGGCUGCGAAUAGUUACCGUAACAGUUUAUCCGAGUCUUAUAUCUACUGGGAAUACGUGAACAGUAAACAAUGUUUUAUUUUGAAA